AUGUUUUUCCACAGUGGUUACGUCUUUGAUUAUGAUUACUACAGAGAUGAUUUCUACAAUCGGUUGUUUGAUUACCAUGGCCGUGUCCCCCCACCACCCCGUGCAGUGAUUCCACUGAAGCGUCCUCGUGUGGCUGUGACAACAACUCGUAGAGGCAAAGGGGUUUUCUCCAUGAAAGGAGCAUCACGAUCCACCUCAAGUGGGGCUUCUUCCUCAGGAUCCAAAUCACCCACCUGUCUUCCCCUGCCCCUUAUGUGGAGUGAUACUGUCCUUGGAAGCGUCACUGGAAGAGGAAGAGAAAGAUCAGUGAAAUCAGAUGAGUUGCAAACAAUCAAGAAGGAAUUAACCCAAAUCAAAACAAAAAUUGACUCCUUGCUAGGGAGACUGGAAAAGAUUGAAAAGCAGCAAAAAGCUGAAGCAGAAGCUCAAAAGAAACAAAUGGAAGAUAAUGCUGAUUUGAUUCAAGAGGAAUGCAUAUCAGAGAAUGCAGAUAACUCUACAGAAGAGCCAAUUGAAGGAGGGCCAGAUGCAGAUGGGGAUGGAGAAGAGAUGACUGAUGGGAUAGAGGAGGAUUUUGAUGAGGAUGGCAGCAAUGAGCUGUUUCUACAGAUCAAGUGAUGAGAUGUCAUGUGUGAACCCCCUGAAGGCUGAGAAGAGAAAUCCUGACUACCCCACAGAAAAUUGUGAACUGCAGUUUCUUACUGGC